ACAGAACCAGAGGAGCAGACAGGAGCAGCAUGAUGACGACCUCUGUGAAGGUUUUGGCUGUGGUUCUUUUUCUCUACAUAAACUCAGCUGUUGGUCUUCAGUGCUGGUUUUGUGGAGAUGGUUCUUGUUCUUCUCAGACGUCAGUGAAAUGCUCUUCAGGACAGACCCUUUGUGUGUCCAGAUAUUAUCGAGAGUCCGACAACUAUGGGAACUACAGUUAUAACCAGACCUAUAAAGGCUGUGCCUUUAGCUCGGACUGUACAGCUGAAGAAUCUGAGUUUGUUUCAUAUAUUUAUGGCUCCAAGUCUUAUGUUUCAAACACCACGUGCUGCGACACAGACAACUGCAACUACAUGACUGCAUCCAGUGAGUGCCUCUCUUUUCUCAGAUGA